AUGGAUGGAAGUGCUGUGUUCCGGGCAGUUUUACUCACGAUUGCUCUGUUUAUUAAGCCUUCUGAUGAACGAGUUUUUCGUGAUGUAUGCUGCUGCUGCUUUGCUGGUGGCUGGGGAGGAGAACUGAUGAUUGUCGGCUGGCUGGCCGGCACUGUGCCCAUCUACGAAGCGGUCGGUCCACCAAGGCCACCAGAAAUGGUCGGCACCGCACUCGUCUCACCACCCACGCAAACAUAUGUGGUUCGACCCGUGAUGCAACCCGUGCUGCAAACCUUGUCGCCUUCCAUGGUACAGUCGCUGCCACUUGGCCAACAGGCUUAUCCCUACGGCGACGUUACAGAGAAACGCGAUGGUCCACUUAAAAGAUUCUUACGCGGCGCUGCAGAUGGAUUUAUGCUUGGCGCAAUGGGUUGGUUAGGCUGA